AUGUCCCCCCCUGGCUCGGCCGCGGGAGAGAGCGCCGGCGGCGGCGGCGGAGGUGGCGGCCCCGGGGUUCCGGAGGAGCCCACGGCGGCGGCGGCGGCGGCGGCGGACGAGGGCCCCGCCCGAGAGGAGCAGCGUCCCAUCCAGCCCUCUUUCACCAAGUCCCUCUGCCGUGAGUCCCACUGGAAGUGCCUGCUACUCUCGCUGCUCAUGUACGGCUGUCUGGGGGCCGUGGCUUGGUGCCACGUAACCACGGUGACCCGCCUCACCUUCAGCAGCGCCUACCAGGGCAACAGCCUCAUGUACCACGACAGCCCCUGCUCCAACGGCUAUGUCUACAUCCCCCUGGCCUUUCUGCUCAUGCUGUACGCCGUCUACCUGGUGGAGUGUUGGCACUGCCAAGCCCGCCAUGAGCUGCAGCACCGUGUUGAUGUGAGCAGCGUGCGGGAGCGCGUGGGCCGCAUGCAGCAGGCCACGCCCUGUAUCUGGUGGAAGGCCAUCAGCUACCACUAUGUCCGCCGCACCCGCCAGGUCACCCGAUACCGCAAUGGAGACGCCUACACCACCACCCAGGUCUACCAUGAGCGCGUCAACACGCACGUGGCGGAGGCCGAGUUCGACUACGCACGCUGCGGCGUCCGCGACGUGUCCAAGGCGCUGGUGGGGCUGGAGGGCGCGCCGGCCACGCGCCUGCGCUUCACCAAGUGCUUCAGCUUCGCCAGCGUGGAGGCCGAGAACGCCUACCUGUGCCAGCGCGCACGCUUCUUCGCCGAGAACGAGGGCCUGGACGACUACAUGGAGGCGCGCGAGGGCAUGCACCUCAAGAACGUGGACUUCCGCGAGUUCAUGGUGGCCUUCCCGGACCCGGCCCGGCCGCCGUGGUACGCCUGCUCGUCGGCCUUCUGGGCCGCGGCGCUGCUCACGCUGUCGUGGCCGCUGCGCGUGCUGGCCGAGUACCGCACGGCCUACGCGCACUACCACGUGGAGAAGCUCUUCGGCCUGGAGGGCCCGGGCUCGGCGAGCAGCGCGGGCGGUGGCCUGAGCCCCAGCGACGAGCUGCUGCCCCCGCUGACGCACCGCCUGCCGCGGGUCAACACGGUGGACAGCACGGAGCUCGAGUGGCACAUCCGCUCCAACCAGCAGCUGGUGCCCAGCUACUCGGAGGCGGUGCUCAUGGACCUGGCGGGGCUGGGGGCGCGCUGCGCGGGGGCGGCGGGCGGCGGCUACGCGCCCGCGUGCCGCUACGGCGGGGUGGGCGGCCCGGGCGCGGCGGGCGUGGCCCCGUACCGGCGCAGCUGCGAGCACUGCCAGCGCGCCGUCAGCAGCUCGUCCAUCUUCUCGCGCAGCGCGCUCAGCAUCUGCGCCAGCCCGCGGGCCGGCCCGGGGCCCGGGGGCGGCCCGGGCUGCGGGGGCAGCCGCUUCUCGCUCGGCCGCCUCUACGGCUCCCGACGCAGCUGCCUGUGGCGCAGCCGGAGCGGGAGCGUCAACGAGGCGAGCUGCCCCACCGAGCAGACGCGCCUGUCGAGCCAGGCCAGCAUGGGGGACGACGAGGACGACGACGAGGAGGAGGCCGGGCCGCCGCCGCCCUACCACGACGCCCUCUACUUCCCGGUCCUCAUCGUGCACCGGCAGGAGGGGUGUCUGGGCCACAGCCACCGGCCGCUGCACCGCCACGGCUCCUGCGUAGAGACCUCACUGUGA